AUGUUCCCUCCUUUUUCUCUGUUUUGCCUCCUUUUUCUCUUUGUUUUGCCUCCUUUUUCUCUUUGUUUUGCCUCCUUUUUCUCUUUGCCUCCUUUUUCUCUUUGCCUCCUUUUUCUCUUUGCCUCCUUUUUCUCUGUUUUGCCUUUUUUUUUCUCUGUUUUGCCUCCUUUUUUUCGUUGUUUUGCCUCCUUUUUUUUCUUUAUUUUCUCUAUUUUUUUUUUUGCCUCUAUUUUUUUUCAUUAUUUUGCCUCUAUUUUUUUUCAUUAUUUUGCCUCUUUUUUUUCUUUAUUUUGCCUCUUUUUUUUCUUUAUUUUGCUCUUUUUUCUUUUUUUUCUUUGCUUUUUUUUCUUUGCUUUUUUUCUUUGUUUUUUUUUUUUGUUUUUUCUUUUUUUUUCUUGUUUUUUUUUUUUUUUCUUUUUUCCUUUUUUUUUUUUCUUUUGCUUUUUUUCUUUGCUUUUUUUUUGCUUUUUUCUUUUUUUUUUUUUUCUUUUUUUUCUUUCCUUUUUUUUAUUCUUUUUCCUUUUUUCUCUAUUCUUUUGUCUUUUUUCUUUUUUUUCUUUUUUUUUCUAUUCUUUUUGUCUCUUUUUUCUCUAUUCUUUUGUCUCUUUUUUUUCUCUAUUCUUUUUGUCUCUUUUUUUUCUCUAUUCUUUUUGUCUCUUUUUUUUCUUUAUUCUUUUGUCUCUUUUUUUCUCUUAUUUUUUUGUCUUUUUUUUCAUAUUUUUUUGUCUCUUUUUUUCUAUCAUUUUUUGUCUCUUUUUUUUUCUAUUCUUUUUGUCUCUUUUUUUUUUCUAUUCUUUUUUGUCCUUUUUUCUCUAUUCUUUUUUUUCUUUUUUUUCUCUAUUUUUUGUCUCUUUUUUUUUUCUAUUUUUUUUUCUUUUUUUUUCUCUAUUCUUUUUCUUUUUUUAUUUUGUCCUUUUUCUUUUCUUUUUCUUUUUUAUUCUUUUUUUUUUUUUUUUCUCUAUUCUUUUUGUUUUUUUUCUAUUUUUUGUCUCUUUUUUUUCUAUUCUUUUGUCUCUUUUUUUUCUCUAUUCUUUUUUGUCUUUUUUUCUCUAUUCUUUUUUGUCUCUUUUUUUCUUAUUCUUUUUUCUUUUUUUUUUUUUCUUUUUCUUUUAUUCUUUUGUCUCUUUUUUUUUUUCUAUUCUUUUUUUCUCUUUUUUUUUUCUAUUCUUUUGUCUCUUUUUUUUUUUUCUAUUCUUUUUUGUCUUUUUUUUUUAUUCUUUUUUCUCUUUUUUUUCUUUCUUUUUGUCUCUUUUUUUUUCUCUAUUCUUUUUGUCUCUUUUUUUUCUCUAUUCUUUUUGUCUCUUUUUUUUUCUCUAUUCUUUUUGUCUCUUUUUUUUUCUCUAUUCUUUUUGUCUCUUUUUUUUUCUCUAUUCUUUUUGUCUCUUUUUUUUUCUCUAUUCUUUUUGUCUCUUUUUUUUUCUCUAUUCUUUUUUUUUCUUUUUCUUUUGUCUCUUUUUUUUUCUCUAUUCUUUUUUUUUCUUUUUUUUCUCUUUUUUUUUUUUUUUAUUCUUUUUGUUCUUUUUUUUUUUUAUUCUUUUUUUCUUUUUAUUUUUUUCUCUAUUCUUUUUUUUUAAUUAA